AUGCUGGACAACUACAAAAAAUUGGAGCAGCAGGCUAUUAAACUGUGCAUCCUGUUGAACGCUUUGGCUGCAUCGGUGCACACUUGGCACCUCAGUGAGGCCACUGUGUACUGGGAUGCUGCCCAGAAAAGGGUGAUCCUGAAGGAAGGGGUGACAGACACACAGGGUGGCGCUUUUGGUUACUUCAAUGAUACGUUGCACCUCACCGGAUGGGGUGUCUUGGAGAUUUGCGCCGGCUACGGAGGCGUCAAACAAGAAGAUGAGACAGCGUUCUUUUUGGCUGGCUACCUUGAAGGCUACCUCACAGCUGAGCAGAUGUUUAAUCAUUACUCCAACAUGUAUCCACAGCUAAUCAAGGAUGACAACGUUCUGAAACCAUUGAAAAGAUUCCUAAGUAAACAGGACCAGUGGGCCAGAGAACAAGUGAAGCUGAGGAAGAACAGCGACUCCCUGUGGAAACAUUUGGGACUGAUUCAAGCCCAACUGGAUGGCCUAAUUGCUGGGGCAGCACAGUGGGCCAAAGGCAAACACAUAGAUCCUCUGUCGCCAUUCGCUGUCCAGUUUCUGAAUGGAGUCGGUGACCUCCUGGACCUCGUCCCUGCGCUGACACCUCGGCCCAACUCCACCGGGCCAGUUGCUUUCAGGAUGCCGGGAAUGGGCCAUUGCACAGCUCUCAUAAAGGUGACAUCUGGCUUUGAAAACCUACUGCUAGGCCACUCCAGCUGGUAUAAUUACGCAUCCACCAUGCGCAUCUAUAAACACUUGGACUUCAGAGUGUCUAACGUGGCUACUGGAAGAAUGUCAUUCAGCAGCUACCCUGGCUUCCUCACAUCUCUGGACGACUUCUACCUGCUGGAGAGCGGCCUGCUGAUGACUCAAACGUCUAUCGGCGUCUUCAACGCCUCCUUGUUUUCACAGCUCAGCCCUCACAGCCUGCUGGCCUGGCAAAGAGUACGCUUGGCCAACAGCUUAGCGCGCAGCGGCGAGGAGUGGGCGCAGAUCUUCUCCAAGUACAACUCUGGUACAUAUAACAGCCAGUAUAUGGUGGUGGACUUGAGUAAGGUUUUACCUAGGCAUAGUAUCAGGACUGGAGCUCUGACGGUUGUGGAGCAGAUUCCUGGGAAAGUAAUCUACAGUGACCAGACCCAAGCUUUACGUGGAGGGUACUGGCCGUCUUACAACAUUCCAUUUCACAUUGACAUCUACAACCUGAGUGGGUACGAUGUGAUGUGGAGGAGAUACGGCGAAGACUUUUCCUAUGACCUUUGCCCCAGAGCCAAAAUCCUCCGUCGGGACCAGGCCAAGGUUUAUGACAUCAGAUCACUCAAGCACAUCAUGAGAUACAACAACUACAAACGAGACCCUUACACCAAAGGCCAUCCCUGUAAAACCAUUUGUUGCCGUAACGACCUACGACCGAGGAGACCACGCCCCGGCGGUUGUUAUGACACUAAGGUGACUGACUACCAGAUGGCUCUUGAGCUGAGCGCAGAGGCGAUAAACGGCCCCACCACACAGGGGGGUCUGCGACCAUUCUCGUGGCACUCCUUCAACCUCACUACCCAUGAGGGUCUCCCUCAUGAGUACAACUUCUCCUUUGUCACCAUGAAACACCUUCUCAAACGGCCCUAA